AUUCUUGACUUGAUGUACAGAAAAAUUAACCUAAAUAAAAUGAAUACCGAUGUAAAUACUAAUUUAAAUCAAAAUGAACUGCAGUAUAAAAAUGAUGAUCCAGGAUCAGUUCGUUACGGUAAUUUCAUCAAUUAUUACCAAUUUCAUCCGCCUGAAAAAAGAGUUGAGCAUCUUCUGAUGAACAUAUGGGACCAUGAAAAAGGAAAGAAACAAGUGCUGCUGGAUAUCGGAUGCAAUGCUGGGAACUUAACUAAAGUAAUACAUGAUUUGUUUACGCAAAACGUGUGCAAUGACACAACAACUUAUGGAGUUGAUAUAGAUCCAAAAUUAAUUGAAAGAGCUGUACAUGAUUAUUCUCAAGAUAAAUUGCACUUUAAGUGUGCUGAUGUACUCAAAGAUAAUACUGUCAUAAAGGAAAUUAUGACUGCACAUAAUAUCCAACAUUUUACCACCACUUUUUGUUUCUCUGUAACAAUGUGGAUACACAUUAAUCAUGGGGAUAAGGGACUAAAACAAUUUUUAAAUUACAUUUCAAACCUCUCUGAAAUACUUGUAAUAGAACCACAACCUUGGAAGUGCUACAAAUCAGCAGUGAAAAGGUUAAGAAAAUCAAAAGAGGAAUUCCCAUGUUUUAAAGAUUUAAAAAUACGGGAAAAUGUGGAGGACAUAAUAGAAAAAUACUUACUCAACCACUGUAAUAUGAUAAAAUUAUGUGAAAGUGAUAGAACUGAAUGGAGCAGAAAAUUGUUAUUUUUUAAACAUGCAUAAAGUUUGUAAUAAAAUGUAUAUGUUUUUUGUUUCACUUAAUCACAGAAGACAAAAUUAUAUUUUGAUAAGAAAUAACAUAUUUUUAAAGAAUUUUUUUAUAAACAUAUAUUCUAUAUAAAUAUUGGUACAUAAUUAAAUUCAAAUAAACAACAUAAAAUUU